AUGUUUCCUCACCGCUGGCUGAGCGAGCAGCAGGCAGUCCUCCGGGACCCCAGAGGCUGUGAUGGCCUGCCAGGGCUGGUGGAAGAGCAGGCCCACGUUUGCUGGCAGCAGCUGGAAGCCGUGGAGGCGGUGAAGGAAGAUGUGGAGCUGGCUGUCCUCAAGUGCCAGCACCAGCUUCACUCUCACCGUUGGAACUGCUCCACCCUGCAGGGGCUGCAGCUCUUCGGCGAGGCCACCAUCCAAGGCAUGCAGGAGUCUGCUUCUAUCCAUGCCAUCUCCAGCGUUGUUCUUGCUGUGACCCGUGCCUGCAGCCAUGGGGAGCUGCACCAGCGUGGCUGCCACCGUAAGAUCCGAGGAAUCAGCCCUGAAGGUUUCCAGUGGUCAGGCUGCUCUGAUAACCUGUCCUAUGGGACUGCCUUCUCUCAGGCCUUUUUGGACAGCCCUGAGAGGAGCCGCGGUGUCUCCUCCGGCCAAGCACCCAUGAACCUGCACAGCAAUGAGGCUGCGAGGAAGCCGGGCAUCGCCGGGCACGGGCUGCAGCGAGCUGCUGUGCUGGGGCAGGGGCUUCCUCCCGGCCGGGCAGCGGCGGUGCAGCGCUGCAGCUGCGAGCUCCGCUGCUCCAUCGAGUGCGAGCAGCGCCGGCCCUCGUGGAAGUGA